AUGGAUUUCAAUUUCAUGGGCAGCAGCACCACCACCACCGAGCCCCCGGCGCCGGCAUCAUCGCCUUGGUCGUCGCUCGGGUCGUCGGGGCAGCAUCCGUCGCCGCCGAAGCGGCCGGCGGGGCGGACCAAGUUCCAGGAGACGCGGCACCCGGUGUUCCGCGGGGUGCGGCGGCGCGGCCGGGCGGGGCGGUGGGUGUGCGAGGUGCGCGUCCCCGGCAGCCGCGGGGACCGCCUCUGGGUGGGCACGUUCGACACCGCCGAGGCCGCCGCGCGCGCGCACGACGCCGCCAUGCUCGCGCUCUGCGGCGACGCCGCAUGCCUCAACUUCGCCGACUCCGCAUGGCUGCUCCACGUCCCGCGCCCCGCCGCCGCAGCGGGCCUGCCCAACGUCCAGCGCGCCGCCACCGAGGCCGUCGCCGGGUUCAUGCAGCGCCAGCGCGGUGGGGACGCGCCCACCACCGCCGCCUCAUCGCAGGCCAAUGCCGCUACGGCGGCGGCGGGCGCGGUGCCGCCGGCGAUGGACAGUGGCGGCGGCAGCUUGCUGGGCCUGGAUGUGUUCGGCGGCAUGGACGACGCCGGCUCCUACUACGCGAGCUUGGCGCAGGGGCUGCUCAUCGACCCGCCGCCGCCCGCCGUGGACUGCCCCGAGGAGGAUGAAGAUUGCGGCGCCGGCGAGAUGGAGCUGUGGAGCUAG